UUCAUCAGAUUUGCAAAAUUUCAAAUGCAGUGAUUUUCCUCGAUUUUGUGAGUUAAACUUUCGGAAUGUCUACUCAAUUUGAUCAAAACUUCAAGUUUACCGAAUAUUUUUCCCACUGUGUCGAUUUCUUGCAAAAGUACCGCUGGAUUUUCGAACAUUCCAACACCAAAUUCGUCCAAGAGGGUGUUUUGGAUCGAAUUUCGAACGAAUGGAUUGGUGAUUUGAAUGGCGCCACAAACGAGGAACUGAACCGAAUACCGUUGGGAUACAUCGGCGACACGUGGUGUGAGGAUUUGAAAAACUUUCUAGGUGAAGCUAGGAAACUGAGUGUUAUUUACACUCGAGUCGAACAGGUGAAACAUAAAACAAGCAUUUUGAAAGGUGUUAGCCCUAAAAAGUUGUACGAAAUCGAACAUCUGAGUGCAGUGAUCGGUAACCUAUGCUCGAAAGACGAACUUCUAUUAGACUUUGGUUCCGGAUUGGGCUACUUGAGUCAGCAUUUACAUCAAAACUACGAAUUUUCUGUAUUCGGAUUCGAAGGGGACGAAUCUAGAGUAUUAUCUUGCAAUCAAAGGCAAGAAAAGCUGUUCCCCAAAACUAAAGACUCGGUUGUUUUCUUGCAACAUUUCAUUGAAGAGUCUUCGUAUGAUUACAUUAAAAGUCGCGCUGAAGCCGAAUUUAAAAAUUGUAUAAACAAAUUUGCCAUAGUUGGACUGCAUGCAUGCGCUGAUCUAUCGCUGACUGCUAUAAAAAUGUUUCUGCAGAACACAGAGAUAAGCAAACUUGUUAUCAUGCCUUGUUGCUAUCAUAAACUAAAACCGAUAACGGAAGACUGUAUCCGAUUCGUAAAUAUUCCUGUAAGUGACGAACUGAAAACGAUAAUGACGAGUCACGAGUCAAAUUUCUUGGGCAGACCCUUCCUCCGGCUAGGCUGCCAACAAACUGCCUCACGAUGGCAAAAUAUGACAUCAGAAGAACAUGCGAAACAUGGUCAGGCCAUGUUUGAGCGCAGUUUAGUACAAUCGAUACUGCGAGAAGAUGAAUUUGUAACAAAAAAUAAAACAAAUGAAGCGAAAGCCACAAUAUUGGACACCUUCAAAUUGCAUCAUACCACGAAUCCAAUUGAUUGCACGGGAUGGAGUGAAGAGCAAAUACAGGGACUUCAAGAGACUGCCGCUAAAUAUCCAAACGGAGACAGGCUGGCUGAAUAUUUGACUUGCUUUCAGACGUGCCUUCAGGCUAUUUGUGAGAACCUGAUUCUGUUGGACAGGCUGUGCUACAUCCGUUCCGAGGCCCGCAGACAGAGCCUAGACAUCCGUAGUGACCUAGUGAAGCUAGCCAACGAUCGGCUUUCACCCCGGUGUUUUAUCAUUAUGGCGGAAAAACUCGAAGCUGCGGACAAAUAGACGAGCUGUUGCUGAA